UGGGCCGACCCCAAAUCCCUCCCUUUCCAAAGUUUAAACAGCCCCUACAGGCUACAAUCUAGGAUCUAAAAUGCCGACGUGUGAGGAUUCCCUUUCCGGCCGGCGAAACCCCGUUUUCCGGAUCGAACUGGAAGCUCCGACAAGUUGUCGGCAUCUCGACCAGUAUAAAUGGUCGGGCCAGCAAGUAUCCGAAGUUGCCAUUCGCGGCUUCUCUUUCUAUUCUCGAAUAGGAGAGAGAUAGCCUUGGGGGGCGCGGGAACCAUGGCUCUCUGGGCUCUCGGGAUCGUGCUUUCCGCCGCGGCUGUUGGCGGUGUUGAGGCGGGCGUGGCUGCUGGCCGUGGGCCUCAGAGUUGUGGCUUUCCAGCGCUGUUCAGCUUCGGAGACAACAACUCCGACGUCGGACAACACCAAGCGAUGUUCGCCGAUCUGGAUCUGCCAAACGGCCAGACUUUCUUCGGCAAGUACUCUGGAAGGUUCUGCGACGGUCGCCUCAUCAUCGAUUUCAUCGCUGAGCACUUGGGUUUCCCGUACUUGGGGGCUUAUUUCGACACAUACAACAGAAAUUACAGACAUGGCGCUAGCUUCGCCCUGGGAGGAUCGUCUCUGGAUGUUGCAAAAGGCUGGAGCCCUUUCAGUCUCGAUCGCCAGUUCUUCCUAUUCAAUCACUUCAAGUCGUUAACCCUCCACCGCUUUAACAACCACACCGCCGACGGCAUGAAGGACGACACAGCAUUGAAUUUGCUCCCGAGGCCAGAGGAGUUCCCGAAGGCUCUCUACAUAAUAGACAUCGGACAGAACGAUUUCGCCUUCGACUUACUCAAUUCCAAGGCGGCCGAAGCCCAGCAGUCCAUUCUUGCUCGUCUCGAUUCCUUCGACUACAGUAUCCAGGCUCUGCAUCAAUGGUACGCUGCUAAUGUCAUCAUGGUUCUGAACGUCGGGCCCCUUGGCUGCUUGCCGUACCACGCCAAGACUUACCUGAAGAACAAUCCUGGAUCAGCGGUGGACCAGAACGGUUGCUCCAAGGACCAGAACGACUUGAUUCAGGAGUUCAACAAACAGCUCAAGGCCAGGAUCCAAAAGCUCCGGGGGCUUAACCCUAACGCAACACUCACUUACGUCGACGUCUACUCCGCCAAAUACAAUCUCAUCAGCAACGCGCGGAAGCUAGGAUUCAACGAUCCGAUGAAGUUCUGCUGCGGGAGUUACGACGAUCGGUACAUUCCGUGUGGACGCAAGGGUUUCAAGGCAGAAUCGUGCAGCGAUCCGUCGAAAUACAUCAGUUGGGAUGGAAUUCACUACACAGAGGCAGCGAACCGAUUUGUCGCGAAGCAGAUCAUCAACGGCUCCUUAUCUGAUCCUCCAUUGCCGCUUGCAGAGGCAUGCCGGAAGCCAUGAACUCUGGAUGAGAGAUUGGACUUUGGUAGUCAUAUACAUACAUAUAUAUAUAACAAAGGAAUUGCGAAUUGUGUUGGCGAAGGUGUCUCCGUGGAGAACCAUACCUGUACUUUGUCCUGAUGGCAGCUAAGCUAAUCAUAUUCUAAUUUUUAUUUUUUCUGAUUAGGAGUA